AUGGCCGAUGUUCACAAUGGAUGCAUUUUCUGGCUGCCAGAAUACAAAGAGGCAUCGAGACUGCUUCAUCCGGGACUGCCGCCGGGAUGUCUCAAUCAUCCGGUCAUCAUUGUCGGCUGUGAAGAACAGUCUGUGACGGUUGUUUUGCUUACGACAUUCAACAAUAAACCGCUCGGCAAAAAGUCGCGGAAAUGGACCACGCAUCUUCCCCUUGAAUCUUCGACUCCCCAUCCAAUAUAUAAAAUCGUCCUUCGCCUGAAGAAUCGCAAGAGCUGGACAUCGCGAAAACAAAGCUACGCCAAGAUCGAGAAUACAUUCGUCGUGGAUCGCAAAUUACUCAGACCAUGUAAGAACAAAAAGAAGGUUGAGUUGACAGCAGAGUCAUUUCUCGAUCUGAUAUACUAUGUCCAUCGCUUUUCUCCUCUGCGAUCUGUGAUAUCGUCAACGUGGUCCGAAGACUCCACUCUCGGAGAUGAUAUACGCGCCAUUUCUCCCCGAUCUUCAGAUUACGGUACUAUCAAUGUCUACGUCCACGGGCAGCGAAUGUCCUCCUACGCAGCCGACAGACUACCUCCGAACAGCCCGAUGAGAAGAGCUUCAUCUCUCCCUCUGGGCUAUCCGUCAACACAGCAGCAAUUCUACCCGAAUACCUACUCGCAGCCAUAUGGACGAACUCGAGAUCUGAUUCGCUAUCCUUUACGGUCGGCAGAGAGGAGAAAUCCAUCGUGUUGGACGGUGUUGUUUGUGGUGUUGCUUUGUUGGGUUCUUGUUUUGGGGUUGGCGGCUAGGGUUUAUUCGGAUUUGAAAUGA